AUGACUCGUAAUAAAAAAACCCUUAGAAAACCCGUAAAGAUGGGUGCUAGUUUAGGAAAUAACGGAGUAGGAUCGGCACAAUUUACCAAUGCUGAAGAUAUGAAAAACCGUUUCUUCAAUAAUGCCGCUAAUCGUCGUAAGGCUGGUGAUAAAGCCCAUGACUGUGAAGCAUUGGCGACAUUUUUUAACAGUUUUGCUGAUAUAGAUAGUCUUAAAAGAGAAAUGACUUUGGCUGUCAGUGAGCAAGAAUUUAACACUAGAAAAAGUCGAUUUCAGCAAAAAUUACAAACUGACCUUUCUAACAUACAGUCUAUUACUCCUGUUCACCAACAAGAAAUUAUUCAAUUGGAAGCCGAAAUUAAGGCAGUCGAAGCCAAAUAUCAAGAAAAUUUUGCUAAGGCUAAUAAAGAAACAGAUCCGGUUAAAAAGGCUAAUUUUGUAGCAUUGGCUAAUGAAGCACUAGAUGAAGUUAAAAGACUCAAGAAUAAAUAUAGUCAAAACCCAAUAGCCAACUUAGGCAAAUUUGACUAUUCUAAUGACUGA